AUGGAUUCACCGCCAUCAAUCUCUCCAAAGCGCAAACAAGUGCCUAUGGCCAAUAUCUUCGGCACCAAGACACGUGCCCCUCUCUCCUCCGCGAUACCCUCAUCCUCUCCCGCAUUCGGCACUCCAGUGCACCCUCUAAAACCUUUCAAGGUAUCAGCGCCAUCGAAACAUGCGAUUCUCCCCAUCAUCCUGCCACCGGCCACCCUCAGACCCUUGGCCUUUCGAACAUUUACGAAGAAGCACAGUUUGACCCUUACGUCAACGGCGCUACAAGAACUCGCCACUUUCAUAGGUCGUCAUUGUGGCUCCGCAUGGCGAGAAGAGGGCUUAGCUGAAAAAGUAUUGGAAGAGGUGGCCAAAUGUUGGAAGGGUCGAAAUGGUGGUGUCAUCGUCGACGGCGCAAGCCCGGAGCUCAAGGACAUAUUGAAGACGUUGGAGGGGAACAUGAGUGGGGGUAAGAUUGUGACCGGUGCAAGAGGCCUGGCCCGGCAGAAUAGCCUUCUUCUCGAGCCAGGGCAAGAUGCAGCCUUUUCUAGUACAAGGCUAGGCAUCCGUCCAGCGCACUCCUCACUAGCGCGGGAAGAUAGCCAACAGAGUCUGGGAAUGUCCAAUUUGGAUGUUGAGGAAGAAGAGGAUGAAGAGAAUAUAAAGGAUGCAAGGAGAUGGCUUAGGGUUAUCGACGCAUAUGAGCAACCAAGGUUCUUUUACAAUGUUUCCAAGAAGCAUUUUGAACGAGAGACCUCGAAACCGUCCCUGUUACCAUCGGCAUCACAUAAAACUGCACUCUUUCGAAACAGAUAUAACGUUAUACAUCAAAGACUACUUAGAAACGAGUCAUUCCAAACAUCAGCCGUCGCUAGUGCCAGAGCCCCCUCACUUAAGCGCUCGUUAUCGAACCAACAGAACCAUAAGAUCACCCCGAUAGCAAACUUGCUAGGCCGACAUGGCAGCCAUCAUAUGCUUCUUGGCAUGUUGAACAUCCUACCGGCAGGAGGCCUUGCUAUUAGUGACUUGACGGCUACCAUUGCCUUGGAUCUUUCACAAGCCGUUGCCAUUCCCGAGGACUCGGCUUGGUUCACCCCAGGCAUGAUCGUGUUAGUAGAUGGCGUCUACGAAGAGGAAGAUGAAUCCGUCGGCAAGGGAUUGAGCGGUAGCAGUGGUGUCGGCGGAACGCUAGGAGGCAGAUUUCAAGGCUUCUUCAUCGGUCAACCACCUUGCGAGAAAAGAAAGGCGACACUGGGCGUCAGCGGCCCAGAUGGCGGUCAAGACCAUACUAUAGGAGGCGGAUUUGGUUGGAUCGACUUUCUCGGUGUUGGGAGCGAGAGGGCAGUUGGACCUCGCAUGCGAAAGCUUGAACAACGUUUACUCCCACGUCACUCCGCGGACGACGUAGCCAGUCGGGCCCGAAUGGUCAUCCUUGGCGAGGUGAAUCUUGACCAGCCACGGACCCUGCAAGCCAUGCGCAAGAUUCUGGCUCUCUAUGCCGCUGAGCCUGAGGGCUCAAACCCCAUGACGUUCAUCAUCACCGGAAACUUCACACAGCACGCCGUUCUUGCAAGAGGAGGCAGUGGCGGCAGUAUAGAAUAUAAGGAAUACUUUGACGCCUUAGCCUCGACCCUCUCCGACUUCCCUACCCUCCUUCAAUCUUCCACGUUUGUCUUCGUACCAGGAGACAAUGACGGCUGGGUCUCCUCCUUCACUGCCGGAGCUGCGACCCCAUUACCCCGGAAAGCCGCACCGGACGUCUUCACCUCGCGAAUCCGCCGCACCUUCGCUACCGCCAAUGCUGAGCUGGGCGCCAAGGGUGACGGUGAGGCCAUAUGGACCUCCAACCCAAGCCGCUUGACACUCUUCGGCCCCAACCAUGAAGUCGUUGUAUUCCGCGACGACAUAUCGGCCCGUUUCCGCCGCACAGCCGUCCGACUCAAGACGUCACAACAGAAUCAAGAAGAAAGGGAAGACGAAGAUGAUAUGAAUCUCGCAGCUGAUGAUGUUGUCAUGGAAGGAAAUGACCCUGGCGAGGAAGAGGGCGGCGCUAUGGAGGUUGACACCCCGAGUGACAAGCCAGCAGUGAAGCAGGUUAACUCGGGCCUUCAUCAGGACAUUCACACGGCGCGGAAGCUCGUCAAGACAAUUUUGGACCAGGGAUACCUCGCGCCCUUCCGCCAAGCCAUCCGCCCUGUGCACUGGGACUACGCUACGGCACUUCAUCUGUAUCCGCUGCCGACAUCCAUGGUGUUGGUGGACACGACGGCGCCACCCUUCUGUAUCACAUAUGAAGGUUGCCACGUUAUGAAUCCCGGUAGUAUCUUGGUACCUGGGCGCAACCGGGUUGGCCGCUGGAUAGAGUACGAGAUUGGCAAGAUCGGGAAGUUGAGGGAGACGGCGUUUUGA